AUGGUCUGUGCACCUGCCUCGUCAGGUGAUGUGAUCGACCACAUUGGCUCGGGGUCAUUAAAGCUGAUUAAUCGCCGGUUUCAUAUGGGCAACACGCCCGAUCGGAUACUGGACAAGCGCUCGCGUCUACCGACGCACAUUAAGGAGAAAAAGCCCGUUAAUGCGCCUACCUAG